ACGGGCGGCACCACGUUCGGGCGGCACCUGGUGCGCAACAUGCGGCUGGAGCAGCCCUGCUCGUGCCGCGCCGGGCAGAAGAAGUGCAGCUGCCCGCGGCCCGGCGCCGACAAGGACACCUGGCUCUUCUCGCGCUUCUCCACGGGCUGGACGUGCGGGCUGCACGCCGACUGGACCGAGCUCACCAGCUGCGUGCCCGACGCCAUGGAGCGCCGCGCCUGCCCGGCCAACCGCACCCGCAGGAACUUCUAUUACAUCACAAUGUUGAGGGAUCCGGUGUCACGGUACUUGAGUGAAUGGAAGCAUGUCCAGAGAGGUGCAACAUGGAAAACUUCCCUUCAUAUGUGUGAUGGAAGAAGUCCAACACCAGACGAGCUGCCUACCUGUUAUGAAGGAGAUGACUGGUCUGGAGUCAGUUUACAGGAAUUCAUGGACUGUAGUUAUAAUUUAGCCAACAACCGCCAGGUGCGCAUGCUGGCAGAUCUCAGCCUAGUUGGAUGUUACAAUUUGACUUUUAUGAAUGAAAGUGAAAGGAAUAUGAUCCUAUUACAAAGCGCCAAGAACAACCUGAAAAACAUGGCCUUCUUUGGACUCACAGAGUUUCAGAGGAAAACUCAGUAUCUCUUUGAGAGGACAUUCAACCUGCAGUUCAUUUCCCCAUUCACCCAGUUCAAUGUUACACGAGCCUCAAAUGUAGAUAUCGAUGAGGGGGUACGGAAACGCAUAGAGGAUCUGAAUUUUUUGGAUAUGCAGCUUUAUGAAUAUGCUAAGGACCUAUUUCUUCAACGUUUUCAGUACUCUAAGCAAGAGGAGCACCAGAAGAACCGGCAAAAAAGGCGAGAGGAGCGGAGGCUGCUGCGGGAGCAAAGGGCUCACCAGUGGUCAAAGGAAGAAACUGCGGAAGAAAUCACCGUUACAGAAGAUUACAAUAGUCAGGUGGCAAGAUGGUGA